AUGCCUGUCUCUUCAUACGAUGACUUGGUUCCCGCUCUGGUGGAGAGUUCGGGUGAAGGUAUGGCUUCUGGAAUAGAGAGUUUCAGAUUUGAGGCUCAGAUAAAGACUAAGAGGUUUCUUACCUGUGGAGCAUUGCUACCAAAGAACGAUGACAGAGAGAAGGCCCACGUUGGGACGGAGCACAGAAGAAGGGCUGCCGAGAUGAGCAGCAACCUCAUGGUGUGA